CGCCAAACGACACCACGUGCCCCAAAGACCACUUAAGUAGCAGCGCAACCACGAGAACCACCGACCCUUGCGGGUAAUAAACGUAACCGAGGAAACUCCACCUCGGACACCCCAACCCCCCCUAGAAAAGAACACAGAAUGGCCCUACCCGACCUGAGCCUAAUGCCAAACCCGCUACCCGGCUUCGGUAGCGGAGCCCCCGCCAAACCCGCUAUCAGAGUCCCUGCGACCCAAACCCCCCCUACAACCCCGGGCAUAAACAUGGACAGUAGCGGCCUGACAGAGGAAGUCCAGCCAUCCCAACUCCGGGUCUCAGAGAAAGAAUUCUCAGCCACACCCGAGCCCCAACAAACCCGCGAAGCGAAGAUCACCCCAGCAUCCGGCCCUUUUGACACGCCCGACGACACCGAAGUCAGCUACAAUGCCCGCCCACUCCCAGCCGACUUCGACUAUAAGGUCCUCGGUAUGCACAGCCCACACCUCCGCCUGAACGUAACCGAUGAAGCCUGCGAAGCUUGGAACCAAGCCAACGAACACGCAGUUAUCAUUAUCCCUCUCUACAUGGCGUUCUCCCUCACGAAAAUGCAAGAGGCAAAAGACCACGCCUCCACCUUCAUUAAAAGAGCGUUCCCAGACUCAGCAGAAACACUUAGCACCAUACCGGCUGCCAAUGCGAUUGACGCCCAGGGAGACGACCCCCUCCCCUGGGGUAUCAUGAUCGAUGGCUUGACACUCUGCGAUGCCGCAACGCUCCUCUACCACCAAUUCUGGCUCUCCAAAGCAUUCAGCUUUGUGGCGCACCCAGCCUCCGAGUUCACCUCCGACUGGAUUGGAAACUGGGCAUUCGCAGCCACGGCCAGAGACCGCACGGCUGUCCAAACGUGCCUAAAAACCACCCUGAACCGCCCCUCCUCGAAAAUUGGGAAAUACCUUGUCGAAAAUGUCCCCGACAACUACAAACGUCUAACAAUAAUCGACUCAGCACGAUCAAGUCCCCACACCCCGAAGACAUCGUGA